UCAACCAAGUUAGACAUUUCUGUCCAUGCUUUGUCCUCUUGAUGCACUCCAACAGAUACGAAGCCGCACUUACAAUGACUUCUUCCUUAACACUACUGCUGAGAAGUCCUGUGCUCCUCGCAGCCAUUUUGAUUUCAGGAAUCGGAGGAACCUUCCAGUAUGGCUUUAGUAUCUCUGUUCUGAACUCGCCAUCGGUUUUUAUUAAAAACCUGGUGAACAGCACCUGCCUGCAGCGUUACGGCCGCUCUCUUGAGCCCUGGGAGCUGUCCCUCAUCUGGUCCUUCAUCGUGUCCAUAUACUGCGUCGGUGGACUGAUCGGCACCCUCUCUGCUGGACGUCUGGCAGCAGUGUAUGGAAGGAAGAACACGCUGUUGGUAAACAAUGUGGUGGCGAUCUGUGGUGCCAUCCUAAUGGUGUUGAGUAAAAGCGCACUCUCAUUUGAGAUGAUCAUUGCGGGACGUAUCGUUUAUGGCAUAAACGCUGGUGUGGGUUUGAUCGUCCAUACUCUUUAUAUACUGGAAUGCGCUCCCAAGAGGUUGCGUGGGAUGGUUGGUGUUUCUGUCGCUUCUUUCGUCUCAUUGGGGAAGUUCUGCGGACAGCUGCUAGGAAUCAGUGAGCUGCUUGGCACUGACGAGCGCUGGAUCUGGUUGCUGGCCUUCAGCGGGGUGACCGGUCUUCUCCAGCUGCUCACCUUGCCUUUUCUCCCUGAGUCCCCGCGGUACCUCCUGCUGGAGAGGUCGGACCGUCACGGCUGUGAGACGGCUUUAAUCAGGCUCUGGGGAGCUAAAAAGGACCCCAAACCAGAGAUGGAGGACAUGUUGGCUGAAGACGCUGCCCUGAAGGGCGUGAAGAUCCACAGAAUCAUGGAACUCUUCCUCGACGUCAAUGUCCGCUGGCAGCUCCUCACCGUCAUCGUCACUUUCGUCACUCUGCAGCUCUGUGGCAUCAACGCCGUGUAUCUCUAUUCAUUUGAUGUGUUUCAAGCUGCUGGUAUUCCCGAGGAGAACCUGCGCUAUGCCGCCUUAGGAACAGGGCUGUGCGAAGUUUCCACCUCCAUUGCCUGUGUGCUGAUCAUCGAGAGCACAGGAAAGAAGGUUCUUCUCUUUAGGGGGUACCUGGGCAUGGCAGCAGCGCUGGCCCUACUUACAGUCACACUCUACCUACAGGAGUUUGUGUCCUGGAUGUCAUAUUGCAGCCUGGUCCUCAUUUGUAUCUACAUUUUGUUCUUCUCAACGGGGCCAGCGGGGGUAACUGCUCCACUGCCUGGCGAGAUAUUCACACAGUCUUAUAAACCAGCAGCGUUCACCGUGGCAUGCACACUUAACUGGGUCGGACUUUUUGCGGUGGGCAUGUUGUUUCCACUCAUUGUGAAGCAUUUGGAUUAUUUCUGCUUCCUCAUCUUUUUUGUGUUCUGCUUCUGCUCCGGCGUGUUCGUUUGGUUCAACGUGCCGGAAACCAAGAAUAAAACUGUUCUGGAGAUCACGGAGGACUUUAAUAAAAUGCACCAGAAGCACAGACGCUCCCUCCAGUCCAAACUGAGCUCGGUACACACCAAUGAGAUCCACGCCACCGUAUCUACCAAGCUGUAAUACAGAUGUAUUAGUCACUUCAUAUCAAAUCUGAGGCUGAGCAAUAACAAUCCAAUACACCCAAUAAUCAUUCCUUGAUGACCAUGUGCUCGGUUUUGCUCUGUUGUUCGUGAAAUCUGAAAGCAAACUCUAAGCAACGUCGCAUUUGUAAACCCAAAAUCCAAUUUCAAUUAUAGGCACUAUAACUGUUGAAUCAAUAGAUUUGUACUUUGUCAUGCUAAGGGACGCAAAUUCCGGUUCGGCCUGAUACAGUCGAGGUGCAAUGCAUUUAUUGACAUUGUUGCUUGAAUGAUUCGUAGCGUUAUUAGUAAGACUCCAGUCUCUCGUGAGCAUCAGUCCUGUCCUCAGGGGUGUGAUGAACUCUUAUCACAUCAUAAAGUUCCCAGAUUGAAUAUUGGACUCCACCAAAAUGAGUAUGUAGCGUGACAUCUGUCUUUAAUCAUUAAUGUUUAUCCACACAAAGCAGGUAAUUGCUUUAUUUUAUACCUUUUAUUUCUUUAAUGGCUGUUUGAUGCUCAAACAAUUACUGUUAAUGAGAUUAAACGCUGGAACAGGUCAAGUUUGCCUUCGGUCUGAUUUGGUCUUUCCAUUGUGUUAGAGACCAAAUGAUAUUCAAAAUGGGCAAACCAGACCUAUUUUAAACUGAUACCAGAUUAUCAUGGAUUUAUUGUGUAUUGUGCUAGUAUUUCUGGUAUUUUGGUGCAAUAAACAUGGUUUGUUCUUUA